AUGUCGACAACCGCUUCACCCACCACUCCACCUUCGCCUCCAAAGUCUUCGUCACCAGCACAGUCAAGCAACACGCUAUCAUCACCACCAACAACUAGCGUUGCAGACAACAGGACAAGCAAUACGGCCACUGUUACCACCAGCAAGCGUAAACGUGUGUCAACUACAAGUGACUCUUCAUCAUCCACAACUCAUUCAUCAUCAGCAAGUCCUAGGAGACGUGCUAGUACAAGGCCAUCUCCUUCACAAACACCUUCCAGCAGUAGCGUGUUACCACCGCCGAUCAUCCCUUAUCCUACCCAACAGCCUCUUUCAGUACACCCACAUCUUGUUCCUUUUUAUCCAGUGUAUCCACACCAUCAUCAUCAUCCACAUCAUCCUGUGUACAUCUCUGUUUCACCCUCAUCGACAUCACCACCUUUCACAGCCACACCUGCUACAGCACUACCAUCAUCACAAGCACCACCAAGGUCACCUGCAGGUGAUGUACCAUCACCUAGUGGUAGCGGCUUGGCAUAUUAUCCAGCCCCACCACCACCACCAACAACAGCUUUACAUACAUCACCUGCAUCAAGACCCAGCACAGCGGAUGAGCGUGAGUUAGCUCGAAAGGUGUCACACAGCGCUAUUGAGCGUAGGCGACGUGAAAGGAUCAACGACAAGAUUAUCCAGCUACGGCAGCUGAUACCAUCGUGUGCUGAUCAAGAGCAUCUUAACAAGAUGACUAUUUUGCAAAGUGCUAUCGAUUACAUCACACAUUUGAAACAUACGGUGGAUAAAGCUGAUGGCCGGCAGAAACAUCAGAGGAGGUUGGAUGAUGAUCAUGAUGACCAUGAUGAUGAGGAAGAAACAACAACAACACAUGUACCACCACCAAGGAUCAAAUCCCCUCAACCUAUGGUGCCUAAAGAAGUUGCUCCUUUCACAAGCCAAUUCGCUCUCAACAAGUCACCACCCACACCAAUAGCAUCCACUGAUAACGAGCAGCCUUUAAGGGGUCUCAAACCAAUGGACAUCAUUGAUGCACGAAAACAUGGUUUAGGUCGUACCGUCAAUCGAUCAUCACCAUCCGAGACAAGCAAUACCAAUAUGAGCGUUGAUGCAAUGCUUUGUGGAAAAUGA